AUGGCCUCGAUGCAGAUCGUGGCUAGCUCUACCGAGAGAUCUCCCCCGGACGGCGCGCCGAACGGAGUGGGGCCGCACCAGUACCCUCCCGAGCCCCUCAUUCUCGCGCCGAUCCCCACCCGCACCAGCACGACAUCCCGCACAAGCAAGGGUGCCCCCAGGGACAAGUACGCGUCGCCUUCCGACAUCGCGUCCGUGCGUGUGCUUGCACUGCGCACCCCGAGCCCGACCCCCAGCGAAGCCCGCGCCCUCGAGCCGAAGACUACGGUGGAGAAGUGGCUCGGGGUGCUGUACUGGCCGCGGAUCAAGCGCUCCGUCCGUGCGUUCAACCGGCGCCACAUCCUCCCGCUCACGAUUGGGCUGUUCCUGAUGGUGUUCGUCAUUGCGUUUUUGGUCAAGAAGCAGGACAUCGAGAAGAAGCUGAACCCCGCUGCGACGGCGCUGCGGGACAUGCCCGGAGGGUGGCUCAUCCCGAUUGGAAUCAUGAUCGUGCUCUCCUUCCCUCCGCUCUUCGGGCACGAGAUCGUCGCCAUUCUGGUCGGUGACGUCUGGGGCCUCUGGAUCGGGUUCGGCAUCGUGGCCGCGGGCACGCUCGUCGGCGAGUUCUUCAAUUACCUGACGUUCCGGUGGUGGUGCAUGCGCCGCGGGAAGACGUGGGAGGAGAAGUCGCUCAAGUACGCACUCUACUCGCAGGCCGUGCGCGAGGGCGGCGUGCGAGUGCCGGUCAUCAUGCGCUUCAGCGCCAUCCCGGGCCACUUGACCACGGCGAUCUUCGCCACGUGCGGGAUGAACGUCUGGGUAUUCCUCUUCUCCGCGACGGUGUCGCUCCCGAAGCAGCUCGCCGCGGUGUACAUCGGCACGAACACGUCCUCGGACGGCGAGGAGACCGCGCAAGGGAAAGUGGUCCAGGCCGUCGUCGUCGUCGUGACUGUCCUCAUCACCUCGCUCGCGCUGCGCUAUAUCGACAGGCAGGUCGACAAGUUUAAGGAGCCCUUCAUCUACCAGCGCCGGAAAGCGAGGCAAGCAAAGAUGCUCGCGGCCGCCGGAGACCCGGACAUCGAGGCUCUGGAUGACUCCCUCACUUGCAAGAAGUCCAUUGGCGGGUCAUCUGGUGUAGUCCCCAGCGGGCCCACGUCUCCAGAGCCCGCCGUGGCCGUUGCUCCGGACGCGCGGUAUGCUUCCGCGGACGUCGAGGCGCACUCGUCAUCGGACGCCGCACGGCAUCGUGUUGUGCACGCGCAUGAUCUGUCGGAUGUUGAUGAACCGGCUCUUCGUAGCUGA